UUUUUGUCACACACGUGGGUAUUACAGUUUAACCCCCAGCUAGAACUUUCUCGGAAGUCUUCAGAGGGAUCUUGCUGCUUCGAGAAACCCGUCCCCAUUUACACUACGUCAUCAAACGGAUCCUGUAAAGCGUAUGUAGGCGCUCGCUGUAAUGGCACUACAUUCGGUACCGAAGCAAUAUCAGAGAAUGAAAACACUGUCUCCAGUCGAAACGAUGUCAACUAACGAUGCUUUACCACCCGGGUGGGAGAUCAAACUUGACCCGCAUACAGGGUGGCCGUUUUUUGUGGAUCACAACAAUCGCACAACGACAUGGAAUGAUCCGAGGCAUGACACAAAAAAGAUUUUUUCAAAUGGCCCCUCAUUGUCCUCAGAGUCUCCUCAGGACAUGCACAAAACCUUAUUUCAAGAGAUGAGGCAGCCAACACUACAACAGGGCUACAUCCCCAUCCCUGUCUCCCAUGAAAACACUGAACCCAGACUGCAGCAAAAUCCAAGUUUCACCUACAUCCAUCCAGGAGUGCAUCAAAAUUUGAGAGCAGAUGGCCGAACACCUUCUCCAACCCCAUCGGCAUACUGUCGGCCUAGAUCUCCGGUGCAGGCCCCAUCAGAAGCAUGUUUGUCCUGCUCACCUGCUUCACAUGGACCCGAGGUUCAUCAGCCACAGGGCACACACCAACAAAUUAGUGGCCUUCACCAACAGCCCCGACCUAACAAUACAGGCCUCCGGGUGGGCUACAUUCCCAUUCCGGUAAUCCAUGAAGGUGCAGGAGGAGCCUUACAAUUCCAGCCUAGCCAAAGUUCUCAUCCCACUCAAGAAAAAAUCCCAAUCUACCGUGAACAAGUGCCCAUUCAUAUUCAUCAGAAUCACGCUGCAAGUCCCAACCUCAUAAGGGCCCAGUCACCAGUCAGGUUCCAAAUCAUGGGAGAGAGACCACAGAGCCAGCAACAUACUGCACACACGGGGAUACCACCUAAAGCUGAACAACCCAUUGAAGAAACCAUCAGAGGGCCUUCCGUACAGAUCCCUAUACAGAGAGUGAGUGAUGUGCCACAGCCCACACAUCAGCCAGUAUUGCAUCAACAACAACAACAACAACCUGCACAAACAACUCAACCAAAUGCACAAGAACCUGUGCAGCUGCCACCGCAGGUAUCAGAGACAUUCAAUAUUACCUUGCAAGUUCCUCCAGCACCAGAACCACAGGAAACAGCUGCCCCUCAAACACCUCAAGAGGUUUCACCUCCACAUGUGCUGCCCGAAGAGACUCUGGAACAAGAUCUGUGCCACCCAGGACUGAUCAAAGUGCACCAGAUAUUGGAACGUGUGGAACAAAUAGCAUAUGAGGUUAAAUGUUUCAAUGGGAAGAAGAAUGAUAAGCGAUACUUGAUGCUGGAGGAGAUGUUGACCAAAGAACUGCUUACUUUGGAUUCUGUAGACCCUGAAGGUCGUGCAGAUGUGCGUCAAGCUCGGAGGGAUGGCGUUCGAAAAGUUCAGACCAUUCUAGAGGAACUGGAGAUGUUUGGUGAGCAGUUAAAAGGCGUGGGUGGUGACAUUUACCCUGAGGCUAAUAACCCAACCCAGAAAGGAGAACCGAGUAUGAUUAACUUGGCGAACACAGAGAAAGCCAAGGAGAUAUCAUAAUUGCAGAAAUAGGAGAGGAACACUCAUCAAAUCCCCAUUUUAGUUUUUACUUGUGCAAUUAUUAUGAGUUGCAUGCACAAAUAAUUGAAGUUUUUUGUUGGCAAUGAUCUAACAUCUGAUUUUUUUACUGAGUGCAAUCAUGUGUGCUGUUAUGUGAUGCUGCUGUUGUUGAAUCUCACCAUGCCAGUGUCUUGUAGCACAGACAUAAUGAUGACAAGUUUAAUUCAAAGACAUACAUGAUGAAGAGGCCUUGAACCAGAUGAAAGUAUUUUAACCUCCAAAAUGUAUCUUUUGUAACAUGUAGAAUAAAUGACAAAAUGCUUUUGAUUAUUUCUUAACAACAUAUGGUGUUUUUGAAGUAGUGGGCUAUCAACGUGAAAAAACAUUUGAUUAUAAACAUUUUCACGCGUUGGUUAAGAGAAAGGACAUUAAUCUUACAUGAGUCCAUAAAGGCUCUCAUUUUGAUUUUGGAAUAUGAAGGUAUUCUGUUUUAUAUAAAAAUGUCUAUUCUUGACACUGACAUUUAAAAAUCAUACAAUACAUACACAGUGAGCUGAUACUGACAGAAUUGCCUGUGAUGGUCUGAACGCUUGUCAGUAUUGGUAUUUGUUGAAUGACAUUAUUACAAAUAAUGCUAUAUUUCUAUUCUAUUUUUCUGUGCCAAAAUCAACAUUUCCAAUAGGAAUGAUGUUCCACGUCUCCAUAAAUAUGUAUACUCUAAAAGAAAAUAAAUUACACUCACAGAAUUAUCAUUGUAUGUGGUGGCCUUAUGGUUAAGAACUUGGUUUUGUUAAAGCAGUGAGAUUCCAAGGACAGUCCAAAGUAGGGCUGAUUCAUGAACUGGUACUGAAAUAACAAUCCUGAUCAGUCACCACUGUUCCCUUGUGCAAAGCAACUUAACCUGCUUCAGGGAGACUAGCAAUUAGUGUACUAAAAGUUAAUUUGUGUAACGUGUCAGCCAAAUUCAGUUUAAUAUUUAAAACAGAGCACUGUCUGUCUCACAUGACUGUUGUGAGGCUUUUGUUUUUUAUCUUGAUGACCGUUACUGGCGCUGAUGUUGUACUUCAAAGCAAUCAGAACCGGUUGCAGAGUCUGUUUUGGUAAAUAUGCAAUGUUCAGUGUUUCUAGCUUGAUUAUUUGCAGUUUGUUCAAAUAUAGGCAUAAUUCGGUCACAUAAGCAUGACUGCAAAUAAAAUACAA